AGGAAUAUAAUUACGAGUUCUCACUUUACCCCACACCUUUUGCUUCUUCUUUACACAUUUAACCAUUGUUCUACAUUGAUGCUGCCCUUUAUAACUUACAACAGGUUUCAACUUUCAAAGGCGUUAUUCCAAACUCUCGUUUCCAAACACCACAUGUGCAAUGAAUCCCAAGGUGAGAGUAAGAUCACCAGAGGAAGAAGACGAAUGUGUUUAUCCAGAAAACGACAGUGAAUCUUGGAUGCUUUCAAAGUUCAUCGAGUUACUAUACUUUGAAGAAAAAGAGAAGAACGAGAGGGAAUGUGCAGCCUCAGUUUCGAAAAGCACUAGGGUUUGUCCUCAGCAUGUAACAAUGAGAUCCACCCCUUCAACUAAAGGAGGAGUAUGGAAGAGUGUGAAGAGAGUUGGUGAAAGUCCAAAAGAAAAUGCAAGAGCUUCUUGUGUAAUACGGCCACGUGCAGUGUUAUCUAGUCCUGAAAAUGAUGGAUUAAUUGGAAGCAUGAAUGAGUUGAAGAACAGUACAAGAUCAGGUAGAAAGGAAGAUGGAAGAGGGAAGAAGGGAGGAAAAUAUUUGGAGAGGGAGGAAUGUGAGGCAUUCAACAAAGGCAAAGCUCCUUUAAAAGCAAAAGUUCACUUUAGAAACCUUUGAUGUUAAGAAGAGGUGUAAGUGAAAGCACCGACAUCAAAGAACUUUCAUUGAGUUUGGCUUUUAUGAAUACAAUUUCAAAAUAGUGACCCUUAUAAAACUGAGAUUUGGUGCAUUAUGCCAAUAGAGUGUUGUGUAUUUUGAAAAUUCUGACAAUUUUUUGUAAUUUUUGUGUGAAUUGACAAUAUGUUAACCUGUUUGAUUCCAG